AGGUUGUCUUGGCUCCUAGGCUCCUUGGCUCCUAGGCUCCUUGGCUCCGUGGCUCCGUGGCUCCGUGGCUUUCGCAACACGGAGAAGAACCUCCUUCAAACACGCCCAACCAGAUGUGUUAUAAUGUUAAAGUUUAGGCACAGAUAUCGUUUACACAAUGUCAACAUUGCAAUAGAUCCAGUCGGAGGCAGUCCUUUAUCUUUGGCAAUCUGAUCGCCAUGGCACCACUCACAGAACCUCUGUAAGAAUUCUUGCAUCGGAUUCUAUUUGUGCUAUCCCCGGGGCUUCGUUUACUUAGGUCUAUUCUCUGCUUGAAUGAUGAACGCCAGACCGGCUCUUCGUCGAAUUCAACAUGUUGACAUGCGAUUUGAGGAGAUACUAAUUUCUUCGUUGUUCGGACGGGCCAUUAGGUCGUGGGGUUAAUGCUGUUCGCAGCACUGUAGAUGACCAAGGACAUGAAUUUUGAUUUAUGGUGACAUUAACCUUUCUGCCGACGGGAUUCCGCAUGUCCUUUGUGGGUGAUAAACGUGUUAUACUGCACUUCAUUAUUGAUGCAAGAACAUUUCCCGGGACAUUAUAUUGAGCAAGCGAGCUAACAUAAACACGACACUGACGGGACGCGGUGAUCUCAAGACAGGAUCUUGUCAACUGGAAUGAACUGCUACUGACAUAAGAUUGCACGUGGCCAAAAAAGGAGUCACGUAACGCCCAGCGACUGGCUAUACGAAUUUGCUGAGAAAUCCCAAGGGUCCGAGUUUGUCCUCUUGGAGCGAUUAGAAAGCAAUAACACAAACCGGUAACUGUCUCAAGGGAGGAGAAAUGGAUUGUUCUGUCGAUUAAUGUUGUGGCAUAGAUCAAGUGGAUUCAAUUGUAGUAAUCCACUAUAUGUUUGCAAUCAGGGACAAUGUGCCAGGACUGUGUCCGAUGGUAACCUCCAUCCCGACUCAAUUUGUGUCGGAUAUGUCAAUGCCACCUCGAUCGUACACGCCGUACCAGGACGGAAAAACCUCCCCCAAAUCCUAUCCACGUCUCAAACAAAUCUUUGCUUAAGGAACGUAUAAACACUGCGGAGAAGGCUAAAGACGUUUUUAAGUCAAGAGGAUUUCAACUAUUUUGUGGAAAAACACGAACUCGGUGAGUUCAAGGAAUAUAGACUGAUGAAUGGUUCGGACGAAACUGGUACAGUCCCUUCAGCCGACAAAAUGUGUGAUUCCCCUGAUUAUGGUACGUUACCGUCGUCGACAGCGAUGCAGCAGCUGCUGUUGACGGUGGUGAUGGUGACAGGAUUUGUGUGCACGAAGACGUUGUUUGAUAACAUACGAAGACGCCAGGCCCGAGUCACUGUUGUGGUUGUUGGAGCUGGGCCGAUUGGGCUGACGGCAGUUCUCGUUGCUGCGAGAAGUGGACGAGUUGGGAAGAUUAUUUUAUAUGAAGAGAUGUUUAGGAAAGUUUUACUUAACAGGCAGCAUCAAAUUGCGUUUGAUCAAAAAAGUAUUCCCUUCUUGAAAAAAAUAGGAGUAGAUUUUGACAACAUUGAGGGCUGUUGGGAGAGUGACUGUUUUUAUACUCGCGUGGGAAUCUUCCAAGAAUAUCUUCUUGAUGUGAUUCACAGGAUCAGCACGCCGAAAGAAAUCCGAUUGGGUACCAAGUUUACCCGCGACCAUACAAAAGAAAUAGAAUUUAUCCCUGGCCGGAAACUCGUCAUCGUUUGUGAUGGAGCUAAUGGCCAGGCGGUGCGUACGAUGGGACUUAGCGACGAGUUCGUACAGCAUACGUGUAAGGCGUACGCUGCGGUGGCCGCCGUGGAACGCCCGGAGCAGCACAAUGUUCCCAUGCCGGAGAGACGAGUCCAUAACUUGCACUUUGACCUGACAGCCUACGGGACAGAUACAAGCGAAUGUGAUGGAUUAACAGGAUUCUCUUUGAAAAUAUUUGGCAGUUCCAAGUCCCGUUAUAUGACGCUUAUAGUUCCAAAAUGCGAAUCGCCAUUAGUGAAAACAUUACGGGUUGUGUUAGAUAGAUCGAUGAUGCGAAACAUCUUCAUGAAAUGCUUCAACACCUACAAGAGUACCUCUGAAAAUUCCUUAAGUGACUCGUUCGCUCUAAAACUAAUGAAAUUCAGCCCACGACUCUUUGAGAUCAAGUUAUCUCAGCGUUUGGAGACAGUGGCGUAUUUCGAAGACUCCGACACUUUCGUCGUCGCCGAGGGAGAUGCUGCAAGGUGCUACAAUUUCCAUACAGGUUUAGACGUCAACAUAGGAAUAAAAGGCAUAAUGACGCUACCAAACUUUCUAUCGAUGGUUCCUACGGCCAUGACGGAGCAUUCUAUCAUGAAGGCGAUGAUGUACAAGUCUAGACAGGCGGACCAAGUCUGCAAAGACUUUGUCAAGUAUGGGUUGAGAGACUAUAUGUUCAGCAAGCAUUGACCCUGAAGGCGGACAAUUGAUUCAUUUUCUAAAAGUGACCAAGAACGUUAGGUGUCAGCUCCAUGGCCUUGGGAUAACAUUGGAGAAAUGGAACGGAACAUCACAUGAAUCUUGUGGACACCAAGACGCCACGACAUCCUCAGUGUCGUUCUGCAAGGUUAUACCUGACGUUGGAUCUGUUCACAUGACGCUUAUGGACAUCAAGACGCAAAGACAUCCUCAGUGUCGCACUGCAAGGUUUACCUGACGUUGGAUCUGUUCACAUGACGUUUAUGUCACACAGCUAGGUCAUAAUUGUGGACACCACGACACGAUAUCGCAACACCAAGAAACCCUCAGUGUCGUCCAGUAAGGUAAUGACUGAUUGAUAUUACAUCUGUCAAUAUGACGCUUGUGAAAUCAAUGGCGACACGGCACCAAGGUGUUCUCUCUGUAUCUGUAUAGUACUGGCUUAUAUGGUAUCUGUUCACAAUGCACAACAGGCAUUGAUGGUGUGGUUCGUGUAUUUUGUGUCAAAGUUUCCGAGUCCCUGGUGCAUCUUGUCGGACCUUUAUGUUGCUGUUUCAUUUUGACAUGUGCAAAUUCAAGAAGCAUUAAAGAAAGUCUGCAGAACAUCAUUGGUUUGGUGCCAGAUACGGGACUAUGGACAAGUAGGUAAGGGCAAGUCCAAGUGUAUGAUCGUUAGGACGAAUAUAUGCCAAUUCAGCAAAAAAAAAUAGUGGAUGACAAUACGGUCUCAUGAACAGCUUGUUCGGAAUAUAAAUCAGAUUGAGUUAUAGGCAUCUUUGUAUUCAAAUUCAUUCGGUGAAAUCUGUCCAUUACGAACACGGACUAAUCCAGAUCUCUGACAGAAACGGAUAAAGUUCUACCUGGUUCUGCUGCUUCAAGCACAUGUUGUCAGGCCGAGCAAGCACUGGCAUAUAUCGCUUGUAUGUCAUCCAAACACACCAAUGACGCAUCUGUGGGGUCAUGUGAUCAAGUGGAACAUACGUCCGUACAUGCUGUUUCUCAACAGAGGACAAUGUCCAGACCCCGAAACUCAAGAGUCAGUGCUACACUUUGGACACAAAGCACUUAUCUGCCCUGAGUAUUGUUGUUGAACAUCUGAAAUUCUAUUUUAUGGAUAUUCUGUCAUGGUUAGCCUUCUACGGUCUUUUGUUUAUCGUGGUACUUUUAUGAGAGGAAUGAAUAGUCACUCUAAAAGGAGUAAAGAAUUACUUCUGUAUGGAAUUUAGAAUCCAUUUAAUACCAUUAAUGUUAAAUGUUAAUGAGGCGUGUCGCUCGAAUGACAGAUAGUAAUACUCUGUGGUAUAUCCUACACCGUGAUCUUCUCUAAACUGAAGGGCAAAAGAAAGUAUACGGAGUUUUUUAUGAAAUUGAAAAUUGUAAGAACUGUUGUUAAAUUUGAUAACGUGUGAUGAAACCAGCUUGAAAAGUGUUUUAAGUGGCUGUGUAAAAAUAUAUUGGUUCAAUGAAGACUGGUGUAAGAAAUUAAUUUGCAACUAUAUGACACCUACCAUGAUAUAAAUGUAUAUUUCUGCCCAAAAAAGCCAAUUUAUUGAUUUUCAAAGAUAAGACGCCUGAGACGCCUGACGCCAUAAGCAGUUGUGUAUUAUGCGAAUCUUUUUUUUUAAUUUUGAAAAGUUUGAAAUUUAAUUAUAUAUUUUUUAAAUAUAACCAUGGAGAAGUAUUCUUUGAGUGCUCAUUCGGCGUCAGUACAGUUCAUUUUGUGGAUAUAACAUCGUCAACAUACGAUAAAAGAUACAAACGGAUAAAAUCAAAAGAGAGGCACAGUUUUCUUCGUCCCUCGGUUUCAUACGACGUACAUGUAAUUCUAGUGCUUGUUUAUCACUGUGGUGGUAUUGCUAACAGUGCUAUUCCGACAUGACCAUUUGAAUUUAUUGGAAAUAAGACAACGAUUAUGCACAAAGUAAAUAAAAUUAAGUAUUGAUAAUUAUUAUUUUAAAAUGUAAAAGAAAUCCUUUCGAAUUCGAGAACCCGUCUCAAAUAACAAUAAAGAAUGGUGAUUGAAAUCGAUAAAUUAUUAAAUACAAUCUGUUAAAAUGUUCAAAGAAAAAACAUUUUCAUAUAUCUUAGUAUAACUUUUGAACCAACGACCAACUGGUAUAGACCGUGUUCUUAGUCUAUCGAGUUUGAUGGAACAUACGUCAAAAUAUACGACUUAAAACAAACAAGUCAUCUUUUAAAUUUAUUAUAAAACCGACAGAUGUCAAUGUCCGGAUUGUUGAAACAUUUUAAACUGAAUUUAUCAUUAUCUUUUUGUCGCAAUUCCUGUAGCAUUAAAAAAAACAUGAUGUUGUAAUCAGUUCCACGGAAAGCAGUAUGUGAAAGAAGACAUUAAAAAAGGAAACAGCACGUCAACUGCAGCCAGUACAGGAAGGUAGUGGCCACAUGCACAUGCCGUAUGCAAGCUGAACGGAAGAUCAGGGAAAUUGCCUGGCAAUUAUGUUUCUGUGUUUGACAUGAAACCAUGACUUCGUGUCUCCAUGCCGAGUUACGCUUACGAAAAAACAUUCGUUACAGCUCGCCCUUUUCCGAAGUUGUCCCACAAUGACACGAUUGGGUACGAAGGAUGCAAAUGUAUUCUUUGCCACUCGCCCCUUUCCGUCAACUACAAGAAACCUGUACCGGAAUGACACGGGAGGUCACGAAUGAUGCAGAUGUAUUCGUCUCCACUCGCCCCUUUUCGUAAACUGCAAGCAGUUUGUUCCGGAAUUACACGAAUGGGCACGAACGAUGCAGAUCUAUUCUUCACCAUUCGCCCCUUUCCGUCAACUGCAAGAAGCUUGUACCGGAAUGAAACGAGUGUUCACGAAUGAUGCAGACGAACUCGUUUCCAAUCGCCCCUUUCCGUAAAAAGCACGAAACUCGUCCCUGAAAUGAAUUACGUUGUUGUGUUUUUAAGAUUUACGUGAUGCAAUAACAACUCAUGUGCAAUGUCUAACACAAGACAGAUGUCCCCGUUGCCAUGAUUUCAUGCUCAAAAGUUGUUUGAUCAGGGUUACAACAUUCAAGGCCUCAGUAAAGCUUUCGAAACGUUUUAUGGUAGACAUAUUGAGAACAUUUCCAAAGUUGACGCAUUUGUGACCAAUACGAUGUCCGAUGCAAUUCCCUUAUCUGACUAUACUCGAAUGUAUGUUCCCAUGUUUUUUUAAGGUGAACAAAUGACUUGCCUUUGCAUGUGUUUGUGACGGGUGCCUCCAGUGGGGCAGGAUAGGCUCCCCAUUUCGCCAACACCUGGUAUCAUCACUAUUUGAAAGUGAUUCCUAAACACGUGAUUAUGGUACAGUCGGAAUCGUACAAUGGACUGGUGGAGAUCUGUUAUGAAUAUGGAAAAUUAAUGGUUUUGUCCCUUUUCCUAAAAGCAGUUACGCUUCUAAAAAGCUCCACUACACACCGUCGAUCUUUGCUUUGGGUUACACAAUAUAAAGAAUACAAUGUGAUAUGUUCCUCUUUGUCUUGGAUGCAAAAUCCAGCCAUGUAUUUUCAUGGAUGUUUGUGAAUAAGGUCACGUGCUUGACAUGUGUGUUAGUGCAACAGCUGGUUUGCUUGUUUUUUAAUUAAUAACAUGUAAUAUCUGAACUUAUAUAUUACUUUCAUUAGCUUCAUACUGUUAGAUGUUUUAUAUCAAAUAUCUAUUUUAUGAAAUAAUUCAGUACUGUUUAUGAUUUGUUAUUUGUAUUGUCCUUAUCGAAAUUGCGGCAUUGUUUCUUAAAACAGUACUGUUAAGUGAACAUUAAGUAUAGUUAAAUAAGAGAAAUGAUAAAAAUAUACAUUUAAAAAUUACAAAUAUAAACAGCAAAUAAUUUAUAGUAAUGAAAAUACCUCAUGAGUAGAUAGAUACAUGAAGUAGAUUUCUAGAUUUAAAGAUAGAUUCAUGGCAUACAACUACAUUUGGGUGUGAGGGAGAAAACAAUUGUUCAGAGAUGUAUGUAACGGUAAGUUAACCAUCAUAUUCUAUCACCAUUGAGUGCGAGAGAGAGAUAUGAAUGCGAUUAAUUAAAGCAAUGUUGCACAUUUUGUAUUAACAUUCCGUGUUUUUGUUCCGUUUAUCCAUGUCAGUACUUUGAAUAAAUAUACAUUCUCUAAUGAAAA